AUGCAUACGGGCGGUGGCGUUAUAGGUCGCGGCUUCGGUCGCGGAUUUGGUUUAGCGCCUAAUUUUUCACCCGAAGAAAUAGUUGGCGUAAUUGCUGGUUUGGGCGGCGGCAGUUUUCCGGACGGACUCGCGGUUUUCGGUGAUGGAGGUGUUGGAACUAUCUGUCGUGGUGUCACGUCGGUUUCUCCCGUGUUCCAUACGGGAAUGAAUAUUCUGAGAAUAAGACUAAGUAUGGACUUCCGGUUGCGAGGCGACAAGGGCUGUGAAACCUUGGAGCUGGGCAAAGAGAGCAGCUCGUUCUUCGUUCAGGAGGGCGAGCUUUUCCGUGGGAGAAAGAGAAGCCGAUUUCCUAACCCCCAAACGUCACACCGGUCAACAUCGGGAAGACGGAAGGGAGGUAUAGCAGAAGGUGGAAAAGCCGGUGAGAGGAGGAAGCCAGAAGCGAAAGAGAAGGAGAUCGGAAGCGAGCGGAGGGGGAUAAGUGAGAAGUCGGGAAGGGAGAGCGAGAAAGAAGAUUUCAUCCUAGGGCCGAGUGAGACAAGUGGGACGAAGGUAGAGAGGUGGUUAACGUUAGAAGGCAAGUGGGGUGAAGGCAGUGAGGCAAGGAGUAGGGAGCAGCAGAAAUUUGACGAUAGGAGCGGAGCGGAGAAAGGAAAGAGAGGCAGACCGACGAAGGCUGAGAGCUUGGGAAGAGGUAGAAGGGGUAGCAGGUGCAGUGGCAGUAUAGCUUCGCUGUGGUCGAAACGAGAGAGAGAGAGUGACUCUGAACCCGAGCUGGAGGAAAAGGGAGAGACGGCGAGAGGUGUGAAGCGCAUGAAAGAAAAUACGAACAUCGACAGCGGAAUCCAGGAAGGAAAAUGGGACGAUAAAAUGGAUGAAAUAGAGAGGAUAAUGAGGAAACUGCUGAAGGAAACGAAAGAGGAAAUUUUUAAGAAAUUAGAACAAAUAGGAGAAGAGAUAAGAAAGGAAGUAAGGAAGGAAAUGAAGAAUGAAAUAAGGAAAAUAAGAGAAGAGGGAGAAAAGGCAAGAGAGAAAGUAGAGCGUGAACUGGAAGAAAUGAGAAAGAAGGGGGAAAAUGUAAGAGAGGCGGUGGAUGGAGUGUUUGAGAGAUUGGGAGUGAGGGAGAAAGCGAUACAGUUGAGUGACGUGUAUAAAGUAAGAGUGAAAGAGAAUGAGUGCAUGAUAGUGGUGAAGCUGAGAAGUAUGGAUGAUAAGAGAAUGAUUAUGGAGAAAAAGAGCAGGUUGAAAGGAUCGAAAAUGUAUGUUGAUGAUGAUAUGACAAAGAGUGAAAGAGAGAGACAGAGUGCGAAGGAUGAGGAGUUCUGGAAAUUUCUGAAAGACUAUGAGGUGAUCGGGCUGGUAGAAACGUGGGUGGAUGAAAAAGAGUGGGAAAAGUUGAAAGAGAAGAUGCCAGAGGAGUGGAAAUGGAAAUGUCAGCCAGCUAGGAGAGAUUGCAAGAAGGGACGAGCGAAGGGGGGAAUUGUGACUGGUGUGAGAAAGGAACUGGAGGAAAGGGAAGUCGGGUAUGAGGAGAAGGAAGGGUUCCAAGAAAGAGAGGUAGUGAUAGAUAGAGAAAGAUGGAGGUUUAUGAUAGUGUAUAAUAGAGAGGGACGGAAAGAAGGGCUGGAAAAGAUGAAAGAGGUGAUAAGAGAGGAUAAUGAAGGAAAGUUAAUAAUAGCUGGGGACUUCAAUGCUAGAAUAGGAAAGGAAGGGGGGUGGGGUGAACUAAGCACGGAGAGGGAGGAGACGAGUGAGAAGGAGAGAGUUUCUAAGGAUAAAAUGAUUAAUAAACAAGGAAGGGAUUUGAUGGAGGUAAUGGAGGAAAGAGGAUGGAUGGUGCUAAAUGGAGGCAAGGAACGAGAUGAGGAAGGGGAGUGGACCUAUGAAGGAGGGGGAGGGAAGUCGGUGAUUGACUAUGGGAUUGUGAAUUGGGAAGCUUGGGAGAGAGUAGAGAGGUUUGAAGUAAAGUGUAGGGCAGAAUCGGACCACCUGCCAAUUGUGAUAGAUCUAGGGAGUUGGUAUGAAAGAGGGGAGGUGAGAGAAGAAGAGGAAAGGGUGCAGGAUUGGUCAGAUGAGGGGAUAAGGAAAUUUAGACAGGCAAUAGGUAAGAUCGAAUGGAGAGGGGAGGGGGUACGAGAGGCGUGGGAGGAGUUAGAGAGAGGAAUAAUGGGAGCGGUGGAGUGGAGAAAUAAGGUGAAGAGGAAAGGGAUAGGAUGGUGUCCAUGGUUGGACUCAGAAUGUAGGGAGAAAAAGAGAGAAAUGCAUAAGGCGAGGAGAAGGCAUAGGAAAGAACAGGAAGAAAGGCGACACGAAGAGUUUAUAAGAUGUAGGAAGGAAUAUAGAGAGUUAUGCGGAAAGAAACAAGAGGAACAAAAGAGAAAGGAGGAAAAGGAGGUGGAAAAAAUAAGAACGGAAGCAGAAGCGUGGAAAUUCAUAAAUAAGGGGAGGAAGAAAAAGGAGGAUGUUUGCAGAGAUAUUAAAAUGAAGGAAUGGAUAGAGCAUUUUAUGAAAACUCUGGGCGGGGUGGAGGAAAGAAAAGUGGAGGUAGAAGGAAGAAGGAGAAUAGAUAGGGCGGAAGACGAGGGAAUAGGAGAGGAGGAAAUAAAAAAUGAAAUAAGAAGAGUGAAAAGGGGUAAAGCAGCAGGGAUAGACCAGAUAAGAAAUGAAGCGUGGAAGGAAGGAGGAGAAAAAGUCGGGGAAAGAUUGGGAGAGGUGUUGAAAAUGGUUAGUAAAAGAGAUGGAUGA